AUGAUUGUAGAACUAAAAAAUAAAAAUAUUUUUAUGUCUAUUCUUUCAAUAUUUAAGAAUAAAGAUAAAAUAAAUCUAAGCAUAAAUAAAGAUUCAAUGCUCUUAGAAUCUAUUGCCUUACAAAAAUAUUACAUUAACAUACCAAAUACAAUAUUUAACACUUCUGAAUCAUGCAAUAAAUUUACUAUAAAUCCGAAAUAUUUAUAUGAUGCUUUAAUUCUUCUAGAUACCAAUAAUUUUGAAGUAAACAUUGAUCAAGUUAAAGUGUACACAUCUAUUUCUUAUAUCAAAAUUCCAUUUACGCUAAGUAUACACCACCAAUAUGAAGAAAUAUUAGACAUCUAUACGAAAUUUGUAGUUACGAAUAAGGUUAUAUCUAUCUUUUCAAAUAUGACCGGCCUUGUUAAAUAUGAGAUAGAAGAUACAAAGCUAUUUAUAAGGAAAAUUGGAAAAGAAGCAAUAGAAGAAAUUGAAAUAAAGAAACUGUCUUUUAUAGAGACGGGCGAGUUAUCAUUCUGCUGUAGUAAUGAAUGGACAGAUAUUGUACAUCCAAUACUAAAUUUUGUAGAUAAUGUUCUGUUUUUAUUUAGUGCUAAUGUUUUAUGCUUGCAAUUUUUAUUUAAAAAUGAAGAAAAAAUUUAUUUUGAAAUACAGGUACCUAGAUCUCUUAUUGAAUAG